CGUCUGAUCCUUCUAUUCGAGAUAAGAGCUCUGAGGAAUCAAAUAAUGAGACUCAAAUUCCCAGGUCAACCGGAGAAGUUUAUGGAAUCCGAAGUAAAACUGCACAAAACUCUGCAAGAGCUUCAAAUUGUAGCAGUAACUAAUCUAACCAAUUUGUAUUAUAUGUCAAUGGUAGAGUUAGGCGCCGUACCUUCUUUACUAGAAUUGUUGUCUCAUGAAAAUACUGAUAUAGCAGUUGGUGUGGUAGAUCUUCUGCGGGAAUUGGCUAAAGAAGGUAUAUUACACGAAUUUCAAGACGCGGAUACACUUAUCGAUGCUUUGUUGGAGCAACAAGUUUGCGCUCUCCUAGUACAAAAUCUCGAGAGGCUUGAUGAAACAGUGAAUAAAGAGGACAGCGGUGUUUAUAACACAAUUGACAUUUUUAUGAACCUACUGGAUUUUAGACCAGAUCUAUGUGCGGAUGCGGGAAAGCAGGGUCUAAUACAAUGGUUGUUACGUCGAUUUAAAAUUAAUACAAAAACACCUUUUGACGGGAACAAAUGGUUAGCCAGUUUACUCCUAUCUACACUUUUGCAGCAUACGCCAGAAAAUAGACUCCUUUUAGGUGACUUGAAUGGAAUUGAUGUUUUGCUACAACAAUUAACUUAUUUACAGAGUCACGAUCCGCAGACUGCACAGGAACAUAAGACGAAUGAAGACAUAAUUGAACAUUUGUUUAACGUUUUGUGCUCAAGCUUAAUGGCUACUGUAAAUCGAAAUAGAUUUCUGCGUGGCGGAGGCCUCCAAAUUAUGAACUUAAUGUUACGAGAAAAAAAGAUGUCAUGGGAUGAAUCUCUCAAAGUUUUAGAUCACGCUAUGAAUGGCCCGGACGGAAAAGAUAACUGCAGCAAAUUUGUAGAUAUUCUUGGAUUGCAAACUAUAUUUCCUCUGUUUAUGAAAACCCCAACACUCAAUAGAAAAAGAAUGCUUACUGCAGAAAAACACGUGAUUUCAAUCAUAGCAAGCUUAUUAAAGAACUGUAAAGGACAACAGCGUCAAACAUUACUUAGUUAUUUUACGGAGAAUGAUUAUGAGAAAGUGGAUAGAUUAAUGGAAUUACAUUUCAAUUAUCUUGAAAAGGUAGAAGAAGUGAAAAAGAAUGGGAAGGACGAUGAAGACGAAGAAAAAUCGUACUCGAGAAAAUUAGACGGCGGGUUAUUUAUAUUACAGUUAGUAGAUUAUGUACUUUUAGAAGCUUGCACUUCCGAAGAUUGUCCGCCUGCAGUCAAGGAACGAGUGACAAGAAUCUCGGCGCAGAGAUCCCUUAAAACAAUUUGCCACAUCAUGAGAGAAUACGCCGGUAAUUUAGGAGAUGCCGGUGAUACCGAAUGGAAAGAAGCAGAGCAACAACGUAUCUUACAAUUAAUUGACAAAUUUUGAUAUGACUUUUCACAUAGAAGACAUUAGGGAUGUUGCAGAAUUUGAAAAUCUAUUGCAAGAAGAUUUAAAUAAGAUACUGGAAUUGAUUGAGAAAAGUGAAAUUCUUGAAAUCAGUACUCAUCAGUUGUUUUCGUCACCACUUAUGACAGAUAAAUUUACGUUGGCUGGUAGUGAUUCAUAAAAUAAUAUACAUAAUACAGGAUAA